AUGCGAGCUGGAACACCGCAUCUCGGAGACAAGAACAGCGCGUAUGGCUUGCGCAAUCUGUUGGAGGGGCUUGUCGGCAGAUCUGGAGAUGAUGGGUGGAUGGCAGGUGGGGAACGCGUCUCUCGUUGGGAGUUUCCUGGUACCACAACCACUAUACUUUCGCGCGUCUUCAAUCUUUUCGACGCAGUCGCAGCUGUCUGCCUUGCCGCGGAUAGAACUAUUAUCGAGCUUCAGGUCUCUUCUGCUCUUCGGCCUUCAUGUCCCGCGUCGUUGCGCCAUCGUUGUUCGCGUCUUCUUGUUGCUCUUCGACGUCAAGCAUGCAUGGAGCCCGCGCUUUCGAUACCAUACGCAAGAUACGCCCCUGCGGGACGAGAAGACGAAGGCACCGCGGGACCUCAUCUGAGAAAACGCUUGUCUCGGUUCGACGAUCGUGGUCUGCUCUCCAGCCCGCACUUCUCGACAGAACAAGAAGAAGCAGGGAAUGCGGACGUGCCUCUUUCAAAACGCCAACCCGGCCUCGACGAACGUGGUCUCCUCUCCAACCCACACUUCUCGGCAGAAAAAGAGGGAGUAGGGAACUUGGGCAUACCUUUUCCAAAACGUCAAUCGCCCUUCGAUGACCUCGCCGUGCUGCUGUCAAAUCCGAGAAUAAAAAGCCCACGCGUAGACGACCGUCCAGACUCUACCCCAGAAGCAAGAGAACCCUCCCUAUCCCACUCACUUCUCCUCAUCCCGCGCCAAUCUCCACAAUCCAAAACCACAAGCGCCUCCUCCUCCCUCAGCGCCCUCCAAAUCCCCGAAUGCGCCCUCGGCUGCUACAUAACGACCCUCACAACCGACGGCUGCGCCUCCGAAACCGACUUCAAAUGCCACUGUUCCACGGGGAACAUACUGGGCAAGGCCGCGAGCUGCGUGGCCAAGAACUGUAGCAGUAGCGACGAGAAGGAUGCGAAGGACAAGAUCGUGAAGGCGUGCGAGAGCGUAGGUAUCGACUUAGGAGGCGGAAACGGAGACGGAGACGAAGACAGCAGCAGCUCGCAAGGCAGCAAUCCAAGCUCCACAAGAGCGGGAGGGAGUUCAACGGGAACGUCGGCACCAGCUUCUGCCAGCUCGUCAGCAGCAUCCUCGCCUUCAAGCACACCCUCAGAAAACCCCAGCUCAGACACCCCAAACCCGCAACCCACCGCAGCCCCCGCACCCGCACCAGCGCCCACAGGCUCCAACCCAUCGGCGUCAACAAGCUCCUCCCCCUCUUCGACCUCCCCUCCGCCCAUGCCAACAGACACCCCCCUCGCCCUCCUCCCAACCGACCGCCAACUCUCCCCCGGUGCCAAAGCCGGCAUCUCGCUCUCCGUCUCCAUCCUCACGCUCUCCGUCCUCCUAACAAUCGGUCUCUACAUCCGACGCUUAAAGCGCGAUCUCCGCGCCGCGCAAGCCGCCGCUGGCGUCCCCGAAAGCGUGUGGCGCGCUAGCAUACAAACCGCCGCGGCGCCGUCAGGCGUAGGCCGACGCAAGAGCUGGGGCGGGCGCGGGCGGAGUCGAAGCCGACGGCGGAGUUCGAGCGGCGGGGACGACGGGCCCGUUUCGCCGCUAAGCCCGAGAAGUAUGGCGGAGAUGGAGCAGAGCGGCGGCUUCGGCGUGCUGAAGAAGAAGAAGCGGGGACAUGUGCUCAGCGUGGUGGUUGAGCGCGAGGAGGAAGAUAGCAGCAGUACGGACCGCAUUAUCCACGAGCCUGUUCCGGGGCAGAAGGAGGGGCUGGUGGAUCCGCUGGAGCUGGAUGGCGAGUAUACGGGGAUUGUGGAGCUGCCGACUAGUAUUACGCCGAGGGCAAGGAGUGUGGAGCGGGGGAGGGCGAGGGGCGCGAGUUUGGGGGAGAGUAGUAGGCCGAGUACGGGGGAUUUGGAGAAGAUUGAGGAGAAGCAGUGGGCUUGA